CCACAAUCCACAAAAUGAUAGUAGUAGUAUAUAAGAACUUGUAUAAUUGAAGCAUUUAUGAUUGUAAUAAUUGCAAAGUUAAUCAUUUCAACGCAAAAGUCAUUGAAGUAAGAGAGGAUGAACUUGCAACUGUAUAAUGACCCUACAUAUGGCCCUCGUGUAGGUCAAGAUUUUGUUGCCUCCGCCUCGUGCCGUAAUAUCUUGACAUUGUUAUUUUUCGGACGCUCGCAACAAAUUCGCAAGUUACUAGUAAUAUUUAACAUCUCUUAUGUAUUUGAACAAGUGUGAUUGUGUUAUCAAAAUUAUAAAUGAAGAUAUCGACUAUACUGAAUCUGAAGCCACUCACUUUCCCAUCCAAAUUCAAAUUCACACUUUUCAUUCUCAAAUCUUUCUCUUCUCUCUCAACUAUAUCCAAUCACAACAACGAUAAACCAUCCAAUGCAAUCGAUCGAAUCCUUCUCCGCUUUCGCAAUCUCUCUCAUCAUCACGAUGUUGAUGAACCGACCCAAACCCUACCGCCACAUCAAUUUUUGCACCGCCAAUGGCUUCGCUCCGAUGACGCGGUUUUUCCAUCGGAGAACCAGGUUGAUCAACACCAACAAGAGAAAGUAUUCAAGAAGAAAAAGAAGAAGAACGAAGCAAUGACACCUUGUUUGUCGGAAGAAGAACUGACUCGAUUGCGAACAAUCGGAAUGCAUCUCAAGGAGAAAAUCAGUAUCCCUAAAUCCGGUCUCACGCGUCCUGUGCUCCACAAAAUUCAUCAUCGGUGGAACAAUAAUGAGUUGGUGAAGCUCAAGUUUCAUGAGUUUCUUUCUCAGAAUAUGAACCUUGCUCAUAACAUCGUUCUGCGUCGAACUGGAGGAUUAGUUAUAUGGAGAUCAGGAAGUGUUAUGUGGGUGUACCGUGGCGACAACUAUCAAGGGCCAACAACCAAUGCCAAACAUAAUUCAAAGAGUGAGUCAGUUGUGUGUAAGCAACAACAGCAUGAUAACAUGACGCCCAAGGAGAUGGAGUUUGACCGGAUGCUUGAUGGAUUUGGUCCUCGUUUUGCUGAUUGGUGGGGUAUGGGGAUACUUCCUGUUGAUGCUGAUUUGCUUUCCCCUAUAGUUCCUGGUUACAGAACACCUCUUAGGCUUCUUCCCACCAAAAUGCAUCCGCGACUCACCAACGAUGAGCACGCAAAAAUGCUGAAACUGGCCAAAGCUCUUCCUUGUCAUUUUGCCUUGGGGAGAAAUAGAAAUCUUCAAGGUCUGGCAUGUGCUAUUCUUAAGCUUUGGGAGAAAAGUUUGGUUGCAAAGAUUGCCGUCAAGCUUGGUGUCCAGAAUACAAACAAUGAACUGAUGGCUUUGGAGUUGAAGAAAUUAACAGGAGGUACCUUACUGCUAAGGAAUAAAUAUUACAUCGUAAUAUAUCGAGGGAAGGAUUUCGUUCCAGCCAAUGUGGCUGCCAUUUUAUCUGAAAGACAGCAAUUGACGAAACAGGUGCAGGAUGUUCAGAAGAAGGUGCGAUGCAGAGCUGUUGAUGUAACUGGCGAAGAUGAAACAAAUGCACAAACAGAACUGUUGUCUGAGUUCAAUGAGGCUCAAGUAUUCCGGGGAAGGGAAAUAUCUACUGUAGAAUGUGAGAAGAUGAUGAAAGAGGCUCCUGAAGUGAGUAAUGUUAGGAUUAUGAAAAAAAUGGAAGGCAAACUAGUUGUUAUACAUGAAGAGGCUGAUGCCAAAAAGUCAAGAGCAGAAAAGCUAUUAACUAAAAUAGAUGCAUCUCCUGAUAAUAGGAGGGAAACAAUCACAGAUGAAGAACGCGUAAUGUUCCGUAUGAUUGGUUUAAAAAUGAAGGUGUACUUACAACUUGGUACACGCGGUGUUUUUGACGGCGUCAUUGAGAAUAUGCAUUUGCAUUGGAGGCAUCGAGAAGUUGUUAAAUUAAUAACAAGAGAAAAAACCGUUGCUAUUGUUGAAGAAAUAGCUGGUUUACUGGAAUACAAAAGUGGUGGAAUACUAGUAGCAAUAGAUAGAGUUCCCAAAGGAUUUUCUCUUAUUUACUAUCGUGGAAAGAGUUAUAGGUGGCCAAUUGCUCUCCGACUUUGCGUUCAGCAUCCAUGCAACAACAUGUGGAAAGAGUAAUGAAAUUGUUUUUGUUUGAUGUUUCUAAGUAGUGUUAUUUUGAGGCAUAAAUUAGCUUUUUCUGGUAAGGUUGAUAACUUGUAUUCAUUUUUAGCUACUGUAUUCACGAUUAGGAUGAUAGGCUGUUUUCCUAGAGCAAGGUGUAUUUAUUAGAAGUUAAAAAAAAUGCAUUGUCUUUGUUUUGUUCA